AUGACACUUCACCAGGAAAUCGCGUCCUGGUUAGCACCGAAGAAGCGUAAAAUAUGCCCAGUGCCAAAACUUGAAUGCUCUGCACCGAGUCAUCGCUUACUACAAUUUCCUCAACUCAACCCUAAACCAUGUAUUCUUGUUUUCCUUCGGCACUGUGGAUGUCCAUUUGCUGAGAAAGCGUGUAUCGAUGUUUGCAACCUAGACGCUGUGCUUAAGGGGACCAUCAAAGUUAUAUUAGUAUCCCAUUCAUCCAAGGAGGCAACAAAUCGAUGGUUGCAAGCAGUUCAGCAAAGUGGCCGGUUGUCUGCCAAUUUUGAGAAUCAAGAGCUAGCAGCCUCCAUUCUUAUCGACGAGGAACUGGAACUAUACGCCGCCUGGGGCCUUGGAGUUGCGAAAACGGAACAUGUGUUGAAUCUAGCCACAGUGUACGCAGCAGUAUCACUGGGCUGGAGAGAGGGACUUUGGGAUCGUUCGACUGAAAGUGGAUCUCGGUGGCAGACCGCAGGGGCAUACGGGAUUGAUAGAUUUGGAAUUAUCAAAUGGGUACAUAUUCCAAGACUAGCAAGUGAUCUAGCAGACUUUGAGGAUGCUAAGGCAGUAUUACUAGAAAGUUGA